AUGCUUGAAGCGACGUCUUCCCCGCCAUCCUCUGACUACCCGGAGCUCCUUUCUUUCUCUACAUCCUCUUCCUACCACAUGGGCGCCGACUGCAGCUUACUUCUUAGCCCCGUUUCGUCUGUGGCCUCACCACCGAUGCAUCAUGUUGUGAAGCAAUUCGCCAUCUUCCCCGACACCGCGCUCAACCACCUACCUAGCCCCCCCAACAGCGGCAAGAUGUUCUACCCCCAUUGGAACACGAGCUUUGGCCUGGAUACCGGCCCCGGUCCCAACGACGACGUUUCGAUCCCGGCGGAAUUCUAUAUGCAAGAGCGUUGUACUCCAGAUCCGGAGUCCUUCCUUGGUAGCUACUCUCUGUCUGAGUCGCAGGGCCAAUCGAUGCUGAAUCAACCCGCUCCUUACUUCGCGCCCAUCCCCCAACUCGGCAGCAAUGGCCCUGUCAUGGUGCACAGCAACCUUAUACCGCCCAAAGAUAGCCCAAGCACACUGGAAACAUCCUCUGAAGUGAGCACGCCGGGCGAAGAGGCCAACGUCGAGAAUGCGCCACCCAAGAGAGCCUCAAGAAAAAGCUCGAUUUCUACAGCUCCGGAGGUCAAGAAAGCGGAGGCAGAGACAGAUUCCGAUGCACCGGAUGGCGCAGAUUCUCAAGACGAGGCCUAUUCCAGUCCCGGCCGCGACCGCAACGUCGGAGCGAGGAAGUCAAGAAAGAGGGCGGCUCCCAGGAGGUCCGCCGCCUCUCGCCUCCCACCAGUGGAUGUCGAGGAGUACAAAAAUUGCUUUGGUGACUUGGUUGCACCUCAGCUCAAACCUAAUUGCCCGAGAGAGGAGCGCUGCAUCUUUAACUCGCGAUGGAAGCACCGCGACAAGAAAGGCCAGGACAUGUGGGAUAGUAUUCAGGAAGACUACUAUAAAGAGUUCGGAAAGGAACAAUGCAAAGAGACACUUCAGAUGAAGCUCACUCGGGGCCGCUCCAAGUACAUCCAGUGGCUGGACAAGGAUGUAGAGCUCUUUAUCCAAGCAUGGCAGAAUGUGGAGCGCAACAGGUACAAGUUAAUGCUGGAAGAAUUCUUCAAGCUCGGUGGCUCGCGCAACAUGCUUCUGAAUCCAGGCGAUGCUGAGGUCAAGGCAGUUGUUGAUCUGGGGCUGGAGGAGAAAAUCUACGUUGAAGGCAUCAAUGAGACGGAACUUCGACGCCGCUGCCGAUUCCUCACAGGGAAGAAGAAGGCCGGAGGCAAGAAUACUGAGGAGCCUGGUAUUUCAUACAGUGGUUCCUCCUUGUACGGUCAGGAGGUGGACGAGGAUGAAGUUAUCAACCAGGUGGUGGCCAACCAAAGAGACGGAGCGUCGCGCAAAACUUCGUCACUACGACGCAAACGCAGCGACGCCAAGCCAAGCCAGGGAUCGAAGAGGAUCAAGUUGGAGAAGGAUUAA